CACGGCCUCCCUCGGUUUAUAUAGCUGUGGGUAAACGACAGAUAGUCGGCUGUUUCAGUAUUAUUGAAGUGUGAUCUGCCAUUAGUCAAUCUCUGCUUUCCUUCUCUCUACUGUGUGGGCCCAUAUCAGACUCGAAACCUUCUCCUUAGAAGUAUAGCACCACCAACCCCAGACACAACCGCUCUAUUAAAUUUUGGAAUUAGUGAUAGACUCGCGUAGCGUGGAGCCACUGCCAAACUUAAAUUGACCAAAUCACUUCUCGUACAAACCUGCUCUCACAUCCUGGAUAUACACACUACACAGACCCACUGGAAGCAAGAGAAACAGAUAAGGAACACCACGGCUCCUCCGAGAGAUGCGCUGUGCUCUGAUAGUUCGUAAAAGCAGACAAUCUACAAUUAAGCCACAAUCGUUCCAAUCUCUUACUGACUGCAGCACAAUCAAUCAUAUUCCAUAUUCCUCUGUACCAUCUGUCACAGAAGUAGAAGGUAAUAUUAGAGACUGUAAUACUGGCAUGGGGAGACAGACAAGACAUUCAAAAACUAACACAGCAUUUACAGCAUGUACAUCAAGACAAACCAGAAGUUCAAAUCUCACUAUAGCAUCUACCACUGGAAGCUCUAGCACUGUUGCUUCUGAUAAAGUAAUCAAUUUGAAACCAGUCAAAACUGACGUUGUUGUUCCUCACCGGUCCUCUGGAGGAAGACACCUUCAACCACCAAUUGGGAAUGAUGCAAAAUUGAAACACAAAUGCCCAUUUGAUGGAUGUCCUUGGAGAUUUGCUACACCUUAUAAGCUAAGGAGACAUAUUAAAAGUCAUACAAAGGAGACACCUUAUCAAUGUAAAGAAUGUGGCCGUGGCUUUAGUGUUCGAUACAAUCUAUUGAUGCACGUACAGACCAUACACAGCACUCCACAGAAAUACAGUUGUCCUGUCAGAGGCUGCAAGGAUGCCUUCCACACUCAACCAAGACUCAAUGGACACUUAAGAAAAGUACACAAAACAGAUAUCAAACAAAUUCAAGCUGAAAGAAAUGAUAGUGAAGACUCAGAGUCAUCUGCCAAUGCCGUUUUUACAUGCAAGGAAUGUCAAAAGGUCUUCACAACACAAGCAAAGCUCAAUGUGCAUGCCAGAACUCAUGUAGCUCCUAUCCGACCAUUUAAAUGCUCAGUAGAGGGUUGUCACAAAUCAUUUCAAACUGCUGAUAAACUUGAAAAACACAGUCAAACUCAUUCAUCUGUCAAGUCUUGGGUUUGCCCAUACAAAGACUGUAAGAGAGUUUUCCUGAGACAGUCUUAUCUAAAGAGUCACUUAAAAGUUCAUGCAAAAGAACAAUUUAUUUGUCCUAUACCAGGUUGUGAGCACAAGCUGUCUUCAGAGCUUGAAUAUAAUGAUCAUGUGAGUCUUCACAUGGGAUACUCAUUACCUUGUCCUCAAUGCAGUCUUGUCUUCCCUACACCAAAGAGAUUAGAACUUCAUAUGCAUGUAGCUCAUGCCAAUGAAUGCCUACCUUCAGGAUUUCACAUGUCUCUUAUUGCUCCUAAUACUUCAGUAACACCUCAUACUGUUCCCUCCUCUUUACCUCCAGUGAAGGAUGAGCCAAAAGCAGAAAAAGAACCAAAAUCAUCCAAUAUUCAUUCACUUCCUUACCUAAAAGUGGAGGAAGUUGAGGCUGUCAUUUAUAACCACAAAAAAGAUCACAUUCUUUCCUCUCUCUCCUCCUUUGGUGAAGUUGUUGGUACUGAGUAUGAGUCUGACAGUGGGUACUCUACUUUUGAUGUCAGUCCUCAUGGAAGCCAUGCUUCAACAGGGUUCUUCAGUAAUGCUUUGUUAUCUCCUGCAAUCACUCCUGUCACUCCUACUCCUGGCCUACCUAAUUCCACUUCUCCCGUUUCGUUUGGGUUCUCAGAUGAUGGGCUGCUAAUGAAUGGUACUGGUCACUUUUUCUCAGGUUCUGCUCCACAUCCUCCACUCUCUGCUUCCUCAAGCAGUGAUGGGAAUUAUUUUUUUGAGCCACCUACUGAUGCAUUAUCAGAUCAUGCUGCAUUCUCUUUUUCAUCAUCCAGCUCUCAAUCUAAGAAAGAGGUUAAUCCUUUAGGACUUGAAUCAAAAGACAGUAAUGUAUUGCAAACCGUUCAGAAAGCUACUAGAAAUGUUAGUAGUUUUGAAGAGAGCAAGCAAACCGUUGUUUUAGUACCCAAUUCUUUCAAUCCUUCCUCUUCCGCAACUUCUAAUUCAAACAAAACAAAUGAAGUAGCUCCUGCAAUGUCUUCUGUUACACUAAUGACAACACCUCCUCCUGUUAAAGCUGAAGAUUCUAUUGUAAUAACAAUAAAACCAGAGGUUGCUUAUUCUGAGUCUCAAUCCAGCGAUAUGCCUCAUAAGACCCAGUUAGGAUACACUGAGACUGCUCCUAUGAACACGGAUACUUCUUCUGUAGCUAGCAAACUAGCUUCCAAUUUAUCUUCUAAACCAUCAGUCCCUCCAACACUAAUUGAGAAUGGCAGAUUAGUAUAUGCACGUGUUGUUCCAGUAUCCAAUGGAUCUUUACCAUCAAACAAAGGAACAGGCAAAUCCUCUGGGAGUAAGUCACGUCAUAGAAUCAGUAAAAAAAGUAAAAAUGGAGGAGGAGCACACAAAUCAAGUCAAUGGCCUAAAUCAAUGAAUCCCGGCAACCUUGUUGCUUUUCGUAAUUUUAUAUUAAAGAAGUUAAACAAAGAGCAGGGAGGAGAGAAUGGGCCAGGAGAUGAAGAGGAAGAGCUUGGAGAGGAAUUAGGAGAUAACAGGUUAUUAGCAGAGAAUGAUUUCUUCCCGUCUUUCCGUUGUCAUGAGUCAAUGAUAGGGUCACAGGGCUUCAUACCUGAUGGUGAUAAUUUUGAAGAAAUGUUCAAAGAUGUUGACUUCAAUCCAGAUUCCCUCUUAUCUCUUUCUGAGAUGCAGGAAACUUGCUCUUUGUCUCCAUUUUCCGUUACAGGUACUUCAUUAUCUGACCCGUUCAGUCCCUCCUCCUCCUCUUCUGGCGGUGGCUUUGAAAUGAAUCCAUUUGAUGAGAAUAUGGACUUCGAUGGUUUCUUUCAUAUGUUUGAUGUCACUCCAGCUGGAACAUCAUCCACUUCUCUUUCUGUAGCACCUCCUAGCAGUGAGUCAGAGCUGGAUCUGCUUUCUCUCUCUCAGGAUCUGGACAUGAUAUUCAAGAGUGAUGCAGACCCUCUCCUAGGUGGAAUAUCAUAACACAGAUUUUAGUUGGUGCUGGUCUUACUGUAAUGUAAAAAUGAAAAUAAAUUAUAAAAAAACUAGUGGAAUGAAAGUAAUUGUGUGUUUUGGGUUUGGAAGCAUUAUAUUCUAGGAGUAAUAAUUAUUUUUAAAAAAGUUGAAACAAUUAUUUUAGCACAAUUUUUGAAUUAAGAAUAAUCAAAUCAAACUAUAGGCACCUAUUAUUCAUAGUUCUUUCAUUAAUUUUAUUAGUCUUAUAUCAUUUUGUCACUAAUCAUAGCACAUUUUGAUCAAUUGCACAUAAAAAUUAUAAUUUUUGUGUGGAUUAUUUUAAUAUUUUCUUUAAUCACCAAGCUUUGUUCUUAUACAUCACUCUUUUCGUUGUCAUUGACUUUUAUUUUGUUUAAUGACAUUUUAUCUUGUUUACUA